GGAUAAAUUCAUGGAUCUUAACUUGAAGCCUUUGAUGUUAGCCGGCAGCUUUUCUUGAUCUAAAGUUAUAUAGCCCUAGAGAUUCCAAUUGGAUGUAAAGAGUGGAGUACCCCUGCUUAUUUGGAAUAUGUUAUUGGUCGUCAAGGAGGAAAUUGGGCCGCCAUGCAGAAAUACCAUGAUCGGAGAACUUCUCGCAGUCAUGAGAAGUACUCAGGCCGAGAAUUUCUCUCAUCCCAUGUCUUCCCAAAACUUUCUCCUUGCAGGGCGCAUGAUAACCUUCUCGAUUAGAAAUGGCUACUCUUAUUUCACAGCUGAAAACAAUAAUUACGAAGGCUGAAGCGCUUGAAAGGACGGUCACCAAUUUUAUGCCAAAGCCUGAUGAUUGGCAGGAAAUAACAAAUCUAUCUUUAAGGCUUAAUGAAGUCACAUUCCGUAUCCGCCAAAAUGUUGAAGAUUCAAAGCGCUUGAGGAAGGAGCGAUACCUUAAAGAAGCCCGAGAGGUUCGGGAGCAGGGAAAACAGUAUCGAGAGAACCAAACCAGAAAGGACUUGAAGAAAGCCCCAGUCUUCCGAAGAAAUAUUAUUCUCAUCUUUGGAGGCCCCAAGGAAUCGCCGUUUGAUGGGACGACCGAAAAGCACAGAAAAGAAAUCACACGCCAGAGAUGUGCUGUUCUUCGCAGUUUGAACAUUGACGGUAUACUAUUCUGGGCAAUGUCGUACACUCCAACCUCCUGGUCCGGUGGUAAGAUGAGCUGGGAUCUCUUUUACAACCUUGCCAGCGAUAUCGAGCCCAACGAACGCCAGAAAUGGUCGCCAGACUUGCUUGAGACCUUAAUAGCGAUAAGGGAUGAGGGAUUAUCGGGAAAUGCUGAAUAUGAACUCUUUCUGACAGGUAAUUAUUCUAGGGUAUAUGCAAUAAUAGAUAUCUAACCAGACACAAGCGGUGCAAGAUACUUCUCUCAGUCAAGGGCCACAACGACGACGCGUGUAUCAAGAAUACUUGAAUUAUAUUGAACCAGACAUUCCGCCUCUUUUAAGUAUAAGUUUCGUCCUAAUGUUUGAACCUUCCGUGGCUGACUUGUGAAGGCGAUCUUAACCAGUGUGUUGAAU